AAAAUAUUAUACGUACAAGAACACCAGAACAAUGGUCCAUAAUUUCCUGACUGUGUUCCUAGUAGCGGCUAUCGCCCGCACAGGACUAGCCGGGAGCAUCGGAUAUGGCAAACCCGGAUACGGUGGUGGUGGAGAUUUCUUUAACGGCCACGGAGGUCAUGGAGGUCAUGGCGGUGGACACGGACACAGAGGUGGUGGUGGAGGAAGUGCUUCAGCAGCAGCCCAAGCCGCAGCCGCUGCACGUGCUCUAGGUGGUGGUGGAGGAGGAAGUGCUUCUGCAGCAGCCCGUGCCGCAGCCGCUGCACGUGCUCUAGGUGGAGGUGGUGGAGGAAGUGCUUCAGCAGCAGCCCAAGCCGCAGCAGCUGCACGUGCUCUAGGUGGAGUUGGUGGAGGAAGUGCUUCAGCAGCCGCCCGUGCCGCAGCCGCUGCAAGUGCUCUAGGAGGAGGCGGUGGUAGUUUUGGAGGUCUUGGUGGUCUAGGAGGAGGACCUGGUGGAAUUGGCGGAAUUGGAGGAGGACCUGGCGGACUUGGCGGAGGACCUGGUGGACUUGGAGGAGGACCUGGCGGAUUUGGAAUCGGACCUGGCGGAAUUGGAGUCGGACCUGGCGGAAAUGGAGGCGGACCUGGAGGAUUGUUUGGACCGGGUGGCGCCUUAGGCCCUGGUGGUGGUGCAGGUGCAUUUGGAACCGGAGGUGCAGUUGGCGGACCAGGUGGAGCUGGUGCUAGUGCUAGUGCAGGAGCAUUUGCAACUGGUGGCGGCGGAUUCCCACUUCCAGGAGCACAAGGACCACAAGGUCCAAGAGGACCAGCCGGAGCACCCGGUGACCAAGGAGAGAGUGGACCACCAGGACCACCAGGAAACUCACCACAAGGACCACAAGGUUCCCGAGGCGCUCCAGGCCAGCCAGGUGAACAAGGAGCCAAUGGUAACCCAGGACAACCCGGAAAUGCAGGAGCACCAGGUCAACCAGGUGCACCUGGCCAGGCUGGAGCACCAGGAGCAAGAGGACCAUCCGGAGCUGCAGGACAUCAAGGAGCACAAGGAGGUUUAGGCCAACCCGGCUCACCUGGACAACAAGGUAGUGCAGGACAACCUGGCUCCCCAGGAAACCCAGGCGCACCAGGCGCACCAGGAUCAACAGGACAAGCAGGAAGCGUAGGAAACGUCGGAGGACCUGGAGAACAAGGUCCACAAGGAAAUGCCGGACCACGUGGUAUACAAGGCAGACCCGGAUGUAAAGGACUACCAGGACCAAAAGGACCAGAUGGAGCCCAGGGAGCACCUGGUAAACCCGGUGCCGAUGGACCAGCAGGAAAUAGAGGCCCAAUGGGACCAGCUGGAGGAAAGGGACCCACAGGAGACAAAGGAGCACCAGGCGAUGUUGGACCAGAAGGACCAGAGGGCAAACCAGGUGGACCAGGGCCAAAAGGACCAAACGGACCACAAGGAGCAAAGGGAUCACCCGGAGAAGACGGAGACCCAGGAGCUGAAGGAGAACCUGGAUCAAAGGGAGCUGAUGGUUUACCAGGUCAUGGAGGACCCCGAGGAAAUCCUGGUCCACAAGGACCAGAAGGAGAAGUCGGGGACAAAGGCGCCCCAGGUGAAGCUGGCGGUCCCGGACAACCAGGACCCUAUGGCCCACAAGGACCAGCCGGUGAACAAGGUGACCUUGGUGAAAUUGGACCCGCUGGCGAUGCAGGAGCCCCAGGCGUUCCUGGAUCCAAAGGAAUACAAGGACCACAAGGAGAACUCGGCCCAGUCGGCAAAGAAGGACCAGCAGGAGAGGCUGGUGGUAAAGGUAGACUCGGCCAGAAAGGACCUGCCGGGGAACCAGGACAACCCGGAGAAGAAGGCAAACAAGGUGACAUGGGUGCAACAGGAACUAGAGGUGCAACUGGUGUUGGUGGUGUCAAAGGACCAACCGGCUUCCGAGGAGCCAGAGGUAAAUCCGGAAAUGCUGGAAGACCAGGCAGACCAGGAAGAAAUGGACCAAGAGGACCACAGGGACCACAAGGACUACGAGGAAACCAAGGACCUGAUGGUGAACAAGGAGGACCUGGUGUUGGUGGAAUUUCAGGAACCAUAACUAUUAUUGUUGAUGAUGAUGGUGCUCGAUAUGGAGACUUCGCGGAUAUAACUGGCCCGAACAGUGACGAAGUAAACAGGCAGCUUGUACGAGAAUUUAUUGGAGAUCUUGAUACGUUCCUGAGCUUGAACGGCCCAGGAGGACCUGCUGGAGUCGGCGCAGGAGACAUUGGAAUCGGUGGUGGACUCGGACCCGGAGGAGCUGGUGGAAUCGGACCCGGAGGAGCUGGUGGACCCGGAGGAGCUGGUGGAGUCGCUGGUGGACCCGGAGGAGUCGGAGGAUUCGGUGUUGGACCCGGAGGAGCCGCUGGACUCGGUGGAGUCGGUGGACUCGGUGCUGGACUCGGUGGAGUUGGUGGACUCGGUGCUGGACUCGGUGGAGUCGGUGGACUCGGUGGUGGAGUCGGUGGACUCGGUGCUGGACUCGGUGGAGUCGGUGGAGUCGGUGGACUCGGAGCCGGUGGUGCACUCGGAGGAUUGGGAGGCUUAGGUUUUGGAGGAUUAGGAGGUGGAGCCGGUGCAAGUGCAGGCGCCGCAGCAGGAGCACAUGCAGUAAGCGGAGGCGCAGGCGGUGGUGCAAGUGCUCAUGCCCAUGCACAUGCACAUGCAGCUUCAGUAAGCGGAGGAGGAGGAGGAGUUUCUCAUGCCGUUAGUCACGCCGUUAGUCACGCCGUUAGUCACUCCGUUAGUCACAGCGGAGGAGGAGGACACGCACACGCAGCUGCCUCAGCACACGCACAUGCUGUAUCUCACGGAGGAUCUAGCGGAGGACACCCACUGCACUACAAUGACCCGUUUUACGGCAAAAAACAUAAAGCCGACUAUUAACUUUAAAUGAACUGUAUUGUAAAUGAAUAUGUUUUAUUAAUAAUAAAAAGUGCAAGUUCC